UCAUAGGUCAUUCAUUUCGUUAACUCCGUUUUGCACGGCAUCCCCGGUAGAAAGAUCGAACCGAACGAAGUUACAAAAAUCGAAAAUAAAACAUGUUUCGUCGGGUAGUAUCCAGCAUUGUUUCAAACACAAGAACAGCACUAACUGUACAGGCCAUUCGGCCUCUUGCUGCAUCACAGAGUAGGAGUUACUCAUCAAAGAAGGAAGAGACAGAUGAGCAAUUUGAUGCCCGAUGGGAGGCAUACUUCAACCGUCCGGAGAUUGAUGAUUGGGAACUCAGACGAGGCCUGAAUGAGCUCCAUGGUCACGACCUUGUCCCCGAGCCUAAGAUAGUAGCCGCUGCUCUGCGGGCGUGUAGGCGCCUCAACGAUACUGCCAUGGCAGUGCGUAUCUUGGAAGCAGUAAAGGACAAAGCUGGAAGCCACAAAAAUAUCUACCCUUACAUGCUUCAAGAACUCCGCCCAACUUUGGAUGAGCUCAGCAUUAGCACACCAGAGGAGCUGGGAUUAGACAAGCCACUAGCAGAGAAGAUUAUGUAAACAAUCCAUCUUGACUUCCUGACCCCACAUUACUUCUCAUCGCUUGGGAUUCUUCUGGACUUUCUCUCACAAUGAAGGAGGGCACGGUGUAUCUGACUCACUAUUGCCUACUUUGACUAUUGCCUACAUUUUCACCUAACACGCAUGUAAUGCAUUGUAUUUGAAAAUGCCCAGUGAAAUAAACAACAUCAAUUGGUAGCUAAUUGUCCAUUUCCCCCUGCAAUUUCUGUUGUAACAAAUUCAGUGGAUGAACAAUGCCCUUUUUAAACGGCAGUCGUGUCUUCAAGUUAGUCAAAAGUUGAGAUCUUUAGUUAUACUUUUCAUUAAUGAUUUUACUCAGAGUAAGUAUUAAACUAAUGUGUGCAGUGUGUGUAUCAGGGAAAUUCAAGACAUGUAAUUGUGAAUCUGUUAUUGUGUGCUGCACGUCUAGGAUUUUACAAGAAAUGGUAAAUAAACUAUAUAAAGUUUUGUUAAUUCUGUACAAUUAAAGUCAAUUUUCAUAUAGUUUUUUGGGGGGUUUUCAAAUUGAGAACCAAGUUCACAAUGCUGUCCUCCUGCUGAACACACAGA